AUGCCAAAGGGUAGUCGUGCGAAAGGGCAUAAGCCGGGUGUGAGUUGUGGGAUAUGCGAAGAUCCGGAUAAUAGCCUGAUGGUGAGUUGCGAUGAUUGCGGUCGGUGGUUUCACUUUAAGUGCGUAGGUGUCGAUGAAGGAAUCGAAGAUGUAGACUGGAGUUGUUCGUCGUGUGAAACGAAGCGCGCAGCUCAGGGCACAUCGUCCCGUGGGGCAUCCGUACAGGGUGGAGCAGGAAAUAUGUCGACUGCAGAACAGCAAAACCAACAGCUCCAACAAUUUCAAAGAAUGAUGGAUCAAAUGCAAGCUAGGUUUGAUCAGCAACAGCAUACGUAUGAAGAGUUACUGCGUAAGAAGGAUCUUGAGAUGGAAAAGGCAAUAAGCGAUUUAAAGCGUCAGUAUCUACUGAAUUUGGAGCGAAAAGAGCAGCAGAUACGGGACGAGCUGAGCGUUCCUGCCAUUGUACUUCCUAAUGCUAACUCGACAUCGUUAGGAACUGAAUCUCGUGUCACAGAUGACGUAUGUUCGGCAAUUACGCGGAUGGAAAAGCAGCUACAAGAUAUGGCGAAAAAGCAGGAGUUUGAAACGAAGCGGCUUGACGAGCGAUUACAGGCGAUGGAAAUUGGCAUGAGCAGAUCUGCUCCAAUCAGUGACGGUUUGAAUCUUCGUGCGAACCCUUCUUCCGGUAAUCAACAGUCGUGUGAACAGUCUGCGAUUUCCCUUCACGAACUCAGCAAAAGCCAACUUGCUGCGCGACAAGCGGUAGCGAAAGAGCUUCCCACUUUCUCGGGUAAUCCGGAGGAGUGGCCGCUAUUUAUUGCUACCUACGAGAGUUCCACCAGAAUGUGCGGCUUCAGUGACGAGGAGAAUCUACUUCGACUGCAGCGCAGCUUAAAAGGAAAAGCUCUUGAAGCGGUACGAAGCCGAUUGCUAUAUCCAGCUGGUCUCGACGGCGUUAUUAAAACGCUACGAACAUUAUUUGGCCGUCCAGAAGUGAUCGUCAAUUCAUUAGCAUCGAAGAUACGAGAGAUGUCAGCACCAAAGACGGAGAAACUUGGAACCUUAAUUGACUUCGGAGUUGCAGUACAGAAUAUGUGCGCGACGAUUGUAGCUUGCGGAUUAAAUGAACAUCUGUGCAAUUUUGCGCUUCUCCAAGAGCUUGUAGACAGAUUGCCGCCGACCAUCAAGCUCGACUGGGCUAGACAUCGGCAAACGCUAGACACGGUCACUCUUUCGGAGUUUAGUAGUUGGCUUGAAACACUGGUUGAAGCAGCGUGCGUGGUAACGGUUCCAUCAGCAUUCGGAAAUUAUGCUAGCAAAUCCGACAGGCGAAGUAGGAAGGAGGAAGUGUACUUACACCGUGAAUCAAGCAGUCGUUCGGCUUCAGGCUCGCCAGUAUCUUCUAAAACAACCCCGAGGAAAAAGUGCGUAAUCUGCGACGAAGAAUGUCGCAAUCCUUGUGAAUGCAAAAGAUUUCUUGCCAUGGACAUCCGGGCCCGAUGGGCUGCGGUAAAGAAUUAUAAGUUGUGCCGCAAGUGUCUCGCAAAGCAUUUUGGAGCGUGCACUGUAAGGGAAGAGUGCGGAAGGAACGGUUGCUCUUAUAUGCACCAUAAGCUGCUACACGAUGAUUCCAGAUAUCCGCGAUAUUCAAAUCCUCAACCUUCAACGUCACAGGCAGACGCAGGAGCUUCUUAUGAGAGCUGCAAUGCUCACGUUAGCAACGUUGGUAAGGCAUUGUUCAGAUACAUCCCGAUACUGAUUCACGGACGCAGGAGUUCUAUUCGGACAUAUGCCUUUUUGGAUGACGGCUCUUCAGUCACACUGAUGGAACAUGGUCUUUUGAGCGAGUUAGGGCUCAGUGGAGAAUCAUAUCCCUUGUGCUUAGGAUGGACUGCCGAUCAUCAGCGACAGGAAGUGGGAUCCGUGAAACUUGCGUUGGAGGUCUCUGGAAUACAUGACACGAAACCGUAUUGGAUUCCGAAGGUUCAUACCGUUCAAAGCCUCGCUUUACCACGACAGACUCUUGAGAUGGAUAAACUAGUAAGUCGGUACAAUCAUCUAAGAGAUUUGCCGUGUGAUUCGUACCAUAAUGUUCGCCCCAGACUUCUUAUAGGGAUAGAUAACUGCCACCUAGGACAUGCAUUAGAUAGCAGAGAAGGCGGAAAACAUGAGCCAAUUGCUUCUAGAACUCGCCUAGGAUGGACAGUCUUCGGACCUUGCUCAACAUCUCUUCUGACAGCGCCAAACUUUACGGCCCACCACAGCCUCCAUGCUUGCCCGUGCUGCGAGCGACACGAUAUAGAGCUACACAACACAAUAAAAGCUUACUUUUCGUUGGACAGUCUUGGCAUAGUGCGUUCGGCCAAACCUCUCCUCUCUAAAGAUGAUGAGCGAGCAGAACAGCUGUUAAAAUCCUUGACACACACGAAAGGCCAACGGUAUGAGACGGGACUGCUUUGGCGAUUCGACAACGUACAGCUGCCGGAUAGUAAAUCGAUGGCGCUGAAAAGGUUGGAGUGUCUAGAAAAGCGCAUGCAGAGAGAACCCGCCCUAGGCGAAGCUUUGAAAGAAAAACUCCAGGAUUAUCUGAGAAGCGGGUAUAUCGAAAAGUUAACGGAGAGGCAACUGCUUGAAAAAUUCCCACGUGUCUGGUACCUUCCAAUAUUCCCCGUGAUUAAUCCCAACAAGCCAGGAAAACUACGUAUAGUUUGGGAUGCGGCAGCAAAGGUUGCGGGAACCUCAUUAAACAGUUUUCUUCUCACCGGACCAGAUCAGCUUGCCCCACUUCCUUCUGUGCUACGCCGAUUUCGAGAGUUUCGGAUUGCGGUUACGGGUGAUAUUCGUGAGAUGUUCCACCAAGUGAUGGUAAACAGAAACGACCAACAAUGUCAGCGAUUUCUUUGGCGAAACGGCGAACAAGAUCGACGCCCGGACGUAUAUGUGAUGAAAGUGAUGACUUUCGGUGCGACGUGUUCUCCAAGCUGUGCGCAAUACGUAAAGAAUCACAACGCGUAUCGAUUCCAGAAUCAAUUCCCAAAGGCAGCUGAUGCUAUCAUGAAGGACCAUUAUGUCGACGAUAUGCUAUGCAGUGAAGAAUCUGAAGCAGAUGCCAUUAAGCUGGCAAAAGAUGUCCGCUCCAUCCACAUCGAAGCUGGAUUCGAAAUACGAAACUGGCUAUCGAACUCAAAACGAGUGCUGCGAGAACUGGAGGCGGAACCUGGGGAGAAAAGCUUGAACCUGUUGAGUGAAAUGGGAACAGAGAAAGUUCUUGGACUGUGGUGGUGCACCGCAACCGAUACGUUCACCUUUAAAGUAUCUCCAAGGAUCAACGCUGAUUUGCUUCAAGGUCGCACUAUUCCUACAAAGAGACAGAUUCUGAGCACCAUGAUGAUGAUCUACGACCCUCUAGGAUUGCUGGCUAACUUCUUAAUGUUUUUAAAAAUCCUACUUCAGGAGAUCUGGCGUAGUGGCAUUCAUUGGGAUGAUCGCAUCCGGGAAGAGCAGUGGCAGAAAUGGCAGACAUGGUUGCGAGUUUUUCCGCAAGUUGAAAAUGUUAGUGUGCCUAGAUGUUACCGCAAGGAUACCAGCAUCUUUGAGCAGAAUACGAUACAACUGCAUGUUUUCGUUGACGCGUCUGAAAACGGAUUUGCGGCGGUUGUAUAUAUGCGGUUCGAAGAGAAUGGGGUUAGAACUUCAAGCAGCAGUAAUUGGAGCACGGUUGGCAAACGAUAUCAUGGAAUCACAUAA